AUGUGUAAACCAAUCAGAUUACAAUGUUAUAUAUCACCUUUUGAUUGGCUAAGAGACACUUACUUUAUUGAUUUAUCAUCAAGGCUAAAUAACAAGUGGUUGAAGCGGAAAAAAACGAAGGCGUUGGGAAAUUUAACUCAUCAUUCUCGAGAAAUGCUGACAACAUUUUCUUGUCCAUAUGUGAUUCUACUGAUAUUAAUUUUCCAAUAUCUUAGCAUUCAUGUUUGUUCAUGUUACCAAUUUUCUGAAAGAGAGGUUGUUCGACAGCUGCUGACUAAUUAUGAACCAGCAAGUCGACCUGUGAAAUUGGGUAAUGAAACACUAGAGGCAUCUAUCCAAGUGGCUCUACAGCAAGUGGUUGACUUGGAUGAGAAAAAUCAAAUUUUGAUGACUUCUUUGUUAGUUCAACUAAAGUGGAUCGAUCAAACCAUCAAAUAUAGAAUGUUACAACUUUUUGAUAUACACGGAACUAGCAGUAAUAAAAAUAAGCAAUUUGAAGAGCGUUUAACAAGUCUUGUACUGCCAUCAUCACGUGUUUGGACACCGGAUUUAUAUGUGUACAAUAAUGCAGAUGACGGUAAGAAUGGACUGUUGGAUGUACCGCAUAGUAGAGUGCGUGUCAGUCAGGGAGGUGAAGUAACUUGGAAUCUACCAGUCAGUGUACGUAGUUCGUGUAAUGUGGAUGUUUUAUACUUUCCGUUCGAUCAUCAAAUCUGUGAUAUUCAAUUGGCUUCAUGGACAUAUGAUCAGAGUCAACUCAAAUUGAAUAUUGUACCGAUUAAUACAAGCAUAAUGCUAACCAAAUUAAUUGAGAAUGUUGAAUUAGCUGUACCAGAAUUGAAAAUUUAUAAAGAUUAUCGUAUUACAGUUGGCGGACAGAAUAUCACACAAAUAAACUUACGCAUACAUAUAUUCAGGAGAGCUUUAUUUUAUGCGUACACGGUGAUUGCUCCCAGCAUACUGUUAUGCGUGCUAACAAUAUUCAGCUUUUGGCUACCAAGUGGAAAUGCACGAAAAAUUGAUAUGGGAUUGACUGUAUUUCUAUUCUUAUACUUUCUACAGGUAAUGAUUGCAGAGAAUACACCUGAGUCCAAUUCAACUCCACUAAUCGGUACUUUCCUCACCAUGGUAAUGACAUUGAAUUCGAUAUCACUAGUAUUCGCCACUACAGUGUUGCACAUACAUUUACGCAGUAAAAGUGAACCAUGUCCAGAACCACACCCGUUAGUAUGGAGUCUUGUAAAAAAUGUCCUUGGUUAUUUAGCAAUGAUUCCAUAUACUCAAAAAGAUCAAAGUGAUGACGAUCUACAGUGGCAAUAUAAUAAUAACAUUGACAACAGUAAGAAAGCUUCGGUAGACGAGAUAAAGAUAUGCAAAAAUGAUAAUCCUACAUCAAUCGAUAUCAUUCCCAAUAACAAAAACAAUAACGAUAAUCUUAAGAUUGCUUCAGACCAGAAGAACCACUGUCAACUGUUUAAUGCAAACGAGUUUAAUUCUAAGGAAGUGAAAAUUUCUCGUUGGUUAUACAUUGCAAGAGUGGUAGAUAGGAUAUUAUUUCAAGUAUAUCUAAUUACAACACUGAUAUCAAUUUUUGUGUUUCUUAUAUAUCUACCUGCUUCUUAUGAUAAAAAGCUGUAGACAGUGCUGUGGAUACAUAUGUUUUUUUUAAAUCUUUUAUUCUGACUAUUUUUUCUACAAUAAAAGUUUCGAUGUUACACGGAGGACAGGUUUCCUUAAGGUUAUAAACGUGAAACUUGACUAGAGGAUUUUGGGUAGUAGUUAACAAAAAAUACAUAAUUUCUGAAUAGAGUACCUUCUAGUACCGUACCAUUUUGCUAGACGAUAUUCUGUCAGCUUCAAGGAAAAGAACUCUGACUCAGUCAACAUCUUAUUUAUCGACUCCUAUUUGAUAUACUUGUUUCGAUAACUUUUAGUAUCGCAAUAAAUAUGAAAUCUCUGUGAUUGUCAAGCCUUAUCGGUGAUUCAGGUACCCUGACAAUUAAAAUCCAUUUGUUUUGUGGAUAAAAAUGGUCAGUUCUUUCUCUUAACUAUCUCAAAAUGUAUGAGGUGAAGCAUUUUCCAGGAGUGACCGAAAAACAAUCUUGAAAGGAUUUUCGGGAUAGGACAUUCAAUUCACUUCAUUUCAAUCGAUUUCCUUUCAAAUAAGAGUUUGAGAUUCUUCAAAAUAUUGAGGAAUUUCAGUAACUCAGGGCAUAAAGAUUUUGAUAGAUGUCUCUUAUGAAACGGCAUUCAUUGGUCAACACUCAUUUUAAAGUCAUAUUCUGUUCAUUUUGGUUUCAGAAUGGGACUUCCCUAUUUAAAUUUGACAACAAAAUGUUUUUUUAGACUUAUCCUACUUUGAUAGUGUUAGCUUAUAUGAUAUUUCUAAAAGCAUAAUCAACAGAAUGUCAUUUUUCCUCGUUAUCUCAACAAUUUUGAUCGUGUAGUCUGAAUUGCUUUGUUUAACUGUAUGACUUCUUCAGUGAACGUACUAUCGGGCUUUGUUUUUAAAAAUAUAUUUCAUAUGAAA